AUGUCGCUACCUCAUGAAGGAUGUCAUCAGGAAGGGUGCUUUGGCAAAGUCGCCAAGGCUGUGAAAUUAAAGACAUCAGAGCCCGUGGCCCUCAAGAUCCUAAAAACUGAGGCUGCCGCUAAAAGAGAGAUCCAAAUGCUCGAAGUAGUGAGCGUUCUUGACCCAGUCAAGAAGAACGUGGUUCAGUUCUUGGAGAAGUUUCAGCACAGAGGACAUACCUGUCUAGUGUUUGAAAUGCUGGACAGGAGUCUUCAUCAACUGCUCGUAGAACUAAAUAGGCCACUGUCUCUCAGUGAGAUACGACCAGUAACGCACCAGUUGCUGAUGGCCUUUGACGCUCUGAAGGGCAUUGGCGUCGUUCACGCCAACCUGAAGCCAGACAAUAUUAUGCUGGUGAACCACCCGGCUGAGCCCUUCCGGGUAAAACUUGUAGAUUUUGGCGUGUCCUUCAACACCUCAGAAGAGAGACAAGGGAUGAUAAUUCAGCCUCUGGGUUGCAGGGCACCUGAAGUCUUCCUGGGUCUACCCGUGUCCGAGGCCAUAGACAUGUGGGGUCUUGGUUGUGUGCUUGGGUUCGUGUACCUCAGAAAAAAGCUGUUUGCGUCACACUGCGUGUACCAGUCAAUUAGAGGCAUCGUAGACAUUCUGGGCCAGCCAGCUGACCACCUCCUGAGUGCUGGGAAACACACCCACACAUUUUUUAAGGCGAACCAGCACUGGGACAAACCAAGAUGGUGGAUGAAGACCCCGAGGGAAUACCAGAUUGGCACUGGCAUUGAGCCCAAAAGAUGGCACAUGCGUUUAAGAAACCUGGAUGACCUGAUUACACACGACCCAAGGACGCAGGAAAACAUUGAGCUGGAGGAUCAAAGGGCAUUUGUCAAUCUCCUGAAAUGCCUGCUAAAUACAGAUGCAGAGAAGAGGAUCACUCCGGGGAAGGCUCUCACUCACCCCUUUGUCACAAUGGCCCAUCUGGUGGAUGAAGUAGAGAUCAGCUUAUAUGCCAAGAAUUCUUCAAAGAAAAUGGCGGUCGUACCAACGGACAACUUCGAUGAGGACCUAUCUCCUAAUGGUGAGGCUGAAGGAGAGCCCAAUGAUGAAGAGCCUUCAGCCACAGCUCAUUUCAAUGACGCAGCUGUUCCUCGCUCCUGUGACAGCAUGCCUCGCUCAUCUGAUGGAGCAGAGGCUGCUGCAGAGAUAGAGGAUAUAUUUUUUACAGCUUUAGAGGAACCAGCUGUUUGCCAAGUUGCAGCCAGUCCAGCUGACGGUGAGGCUCAGGAAAGGCCCAAAGAUGAAGAGCCUUCAGCCACACCUCCUAAAAAUGAUGCCGGCUCAGCUGUUCCUCGCUCCUGUGGCAGCGUUGAAAAAAUGCUUCAUUCAUCUGAUGGAGCAGAAGCUGCUGCAGGAAUAGACGCUGCUGGCUCAGCUGUUAGCCAAGGUGUAGCCAGUCCAGCUGAAGAGACAUCGGCCGAUGGCGGGUCACCAGAUGAGUGUCCGCCUGCCAAAGAUAAGAAGAGCCGACUGAAGAGAAUCCGGAAAUUCUUUGGCAGGACAAUAAGGACCUUGUUUGGAAAGAAAAGAAAUGAUUAA